AUGUCCAACAACAAUGAUUCCUUCAAAUUGGAAACCGUCUUCAAUGUCACUGGCAAGACUGCCUUGAUUACUGGCGGUGGAUCGGGAAUCGGUCUGAUGGCCACACAGGCUCUUGCUGUCAACGGUGCCAAAGUGUACAUCGUGGGACGUACCAAGGAGAAGCUCGACACGGUGGCGAAGACUUAUGGACAGGGUAUUUCCGGGCAAAUCAUCCCACUCGUCGCAGACGUGUCCAAGAAAGCCGACAUCGCAAAGCUUUACGAGGAGAUCUCCUCCAAGGAAUCACACCUGGAUAUCUUGGUCAACAAUGCCGGAAUCUCCACCAAGACCUUCAAGACGGAGUCCUCUAGUGCCGAGGAGAUGAGGAAGAACUUGUUUGACAACGAGGAAGCCACAUUCGAGGACUGGGAUGAUGUGUACCGCACAAAUGUUUCGCAGAUUUACUUCAUGACCACCUGCUUCUUACCCCUCCUGCAGAAAGCGACAGGAAAAACGCACGGAUGGUCUGCUACUGUGCUCAACAUCUCAUCCAUGUCUGGAGAGGUCAAGACGAUGCAGCAUCACCCUCAGUACAACGCCAGCAAGGCUGCAACCAUCCAUUUGACAAAGAUGCUCGCAAAUGAGAUCCAGCAAAACGGCCUCAAGAUUAGAGYCAACUCCAUCGCUCCGGGAGUCUUCCCCUCGGAGAUGACGGCCGGAGAGAGCGACGAGCAGCAGAAGUCUCACAUCGAAAAGGAGAAGUACGAGGACAAGACGUCCGCUCAGCGUCCUGGCAACGACAAGGAUAUGGCAGGUGCUGUGCUCUUUGUCGUGACCAACCAGUACCUCAACGGCAAGACCGUGACAGUUGACGGCGGGUACGAGCUUGUUGCGGGUACCUAG